AUGUCGCCAACUAAAGUUCUCAAGGACCUGUCAGUCGAACUUCAGUUCACUCUUCCAUCAAGUAAUAAACCGGUCUCUUUAAAGUUGUGUGUAAAGCACGGACAACUCUUGGUGGACGUUGUUCGCCAUUUUAUGGACGAAAAUAAUGUACCAUGUUACUUGGAGAUUUCUGUGUUGUCAGUUGUCGAGUCAUUACUUAAAGAAAGUUGGCGUGGUGACGCUGAACUAAACGGAAAAAUCACGAAUGACGGAGAAGCAGAAAUAGUUCGAAAAGAACUCAUUGAAAAAUAUCAGAAACACACAAUACGAUAUAAUAAUACACCUACAGAGGACAUAUUUCCAAAAGCGUAUCACACACUUGUGCAUUCUCCUGUUCCGUCGAUUUUUGAUACUUUAUUACAACUAGAACAAAGUUUCAGUCAAGCAAUGAAUGAUCUAUUGGCAACGCGGGAACGAGAAUUGAAUGAAGUACGCCAGAGACAUGGAAGAGAGAUGGAUCAAAAUUCGGAAAAUGAAUUUGCCGAUUUAGUAUCGAGACAUGUUGAAGAAAUUGAAAUGAGGCAAGCAAUGUGGGCAAGUGAACUCGAUCAAAUGCAACAUUCGCAAAAACGUGAAUAUUGUGAAUUUGUGCUAAAAUUAUACGAGGCGCACCAACGUCUCUUGAACCAAAACUCCAACGACCCGUCAUGGAUUUACGGACUAAAUGGAAAAGAUAUAGUGUUGGAUGUUAUCAAUGAGCUAAAAAACCAGCAACCAAAACUCUCCAAAGAAAUGCUGGAAAUGGAUAAUCACGAAAGUUCAAGUUCAAAUCGUAGUCGACAUGGAAGUAUAAGUUCAUUGGCAGAUCUGAUGGUUUCCCCGACUUUGAUGACGCCACCGUCGCCUCGGUUUCCGAUGGGCGAUGAGAAAAAGUCGGUUUUCUUCGCGGAAGAAGAUCCGGUUUUUCAAUCAAUGAUAGCUUCAAUUAAAGAGAUUGGAUUUGGAUUUAGUGCAGAGCAAGCAAAAAUGGCUCUUGAGAUGACAAAUCGUGAUAUGGAUCAAGCUGUAAACCUUUUAUUCGAACAACUCAACAAAGUAGACGCCCAAAUAGCAGCCGCAAAUGCAGCUGCCCCCGCUCUUCCACUACGACGACCGUCGAUUCCCGUUGCCGGCAAAGACCAAGAAAAACAGGCUCAUCGACGAUACAAAUCUCACGCACGGAGCCUCUCGUUAAUUAUUCAAAAACCAGAAAACAAAAAAGGCUGGUCUCCGCUUUCAUUUUUGCAGGAACGCAAACAGUCCAUGCUAACUUCUAAUAAUAAUUCGACAGCGAGAAAGUUUGGUAAUUGGCUUGGGAAAGCAAUGGAGAAUUUUGGAUUGGAUGAUGGUAAUGAGGACGGCGCACGUGGUCCAUUAGAAGAUACCCAACUAGUCGAAUCGUUUACCAUCUCGCUCGGCAAUCAAGUCAAAUCUACACACAAUCUUCGCUUAUUGGUCUCUGAUAUGGACGAUUUAUUGAAAUCAUCGAAUGAUCCUGCGCGUGAUAUGGCUUACCGAGCACAAACUGCUGCGAAUUUAUAUUCGCAGAAUUUGACGGCUGUCGUGUUGUUGCUGACACCGAAAGAUUGGCCAAAAUAUAAACUGGGGAAAAGUGCAAAUAAAGCAUUUUUCGAAAGAUGUAAAAAAUCUACGGAAUUUCAUUUUGAUGAUGUUGAGACGCAACUGAAAACUAUUGAGGAAGAUUAUCCGAGUACUAACAAUUUGGAUGUUCCUCCGAUACGAGAAGGAGACUUUUUCAUUACCAAACAUUCGAAUUUACCGUUAAUUCAUAUUGUAUUUCAUUUGGUUAUUGACUUUGAAUCACUCCAAAAUUCCGAACUAACCCAACGCUCUCCCGGAAUCGACGGUCUUCGCAACAUCCUACGCACAGUCAACCGCUUCGACAUCACUAGCAUCUCUAUCCCAUUCCUACUACUCCCGUCAAGCGUCGAUGCAUUCUCCGAUCCGAGCAUCGAAAAGAAAAUGUAUAAUCGCGGCGAAUUAGUACUAAAGUGUACCAAAGGAUUCAUGAUUGAGAACUCGCGAGUUCCGAAACAUAAUGUCGCGGAAAAAGAACAAGAAACCAAAACUGUGCAGUUUCUGUUGCCAAAGAGUGCAACUGAGCAACAGUUUCAUUCGUUUAGGCAUUUGUUGACUGGUAUUUUUAGAGCGAGUUGA